AUGACCAAACGUGUUUUUGUCUCCCUUCCUCGCAGUGGUCUGAACGCGUACGUGAGCGGCAACUACAUGACGAAUCUCGCGGCCCGCACCACGCGGCGGCCCCUGCCGCCGCCGCGGCCGCCGCCGCCGGCUUCCACCCGUCGCCGCACCAGGCGUCGCCGCACCCCAGGCCGCCGGCCGCCGCGGCCGCCGCGCCCUGCCGCCGCCGCGGCCGCGGGCUCGCCCGCGCAGUUCGCGGCGCCGCCCGCGCCCUCUCCGCCGCGGCCGGCCAUCCCCACCAGCGUCAUCCAGGCGGCCACCUCCAGCAUGGGCGAGGACCUGUACAUGCUCGACCUGGGCUUCCAGCCGCGCGCCAAGAAGAAGAUGAAGAAGCCCAGCGGCAAGGGCGGCGAGCCCGGCGCCAGCGUCAAGCGCAAGAGCCGCGAAGGUUCUACCACAUACCUCUGGGAGUUCCUACUGAAGCUCCUGCAGGAUCGCGACUACUGCCCACGUUACAUCAAAUGGACCAACCGGGAGAAGGGUGUCUUCAAGCUAGUGGAUUCAAAGGCUGUAUCCCGUCUCUGGGGUCUCCACAAAAACAAACCUGAUAUGAACUACGAAACAAUGGGCCGUGCCCUAAGGUAUUACUACCAGCGAGGCAUCCUGGCCAAAGUUGAUGGUCAAAGGCUCGUGUAUCAGUUUGUGGAUGUACCGAAAGACAUUAUAGAAAUAGAUUGCACAGGAGCGUGACCUCAUUGAAGACAGAAAGAGGAGGAGGAACAAGUAUGCACUCAGUGACUGUACUACUCGGGUGAAUUACAUAUCAAGGGUAGUAGCACUUGUGGACUAAGGCAUAAGAGUGCAGGAGUACAAUUGUGCCUUGCGCUAUGCUUGUUUCCUGCCAAAUCCACUGCCAGAUACAAGAAGUCAAACUGCAGUGAAUUUUUAGUCUUGUGGGUGCAGAUAAGUAGACUUUACUAUGAACUUCAUAAUGAAGUGAAAAAUAAAGAAACACUAUUUUUCAACGAAUGAAAAGCAAGGAAUAUUGCAGUUUUUUCUUUAGUGAAAAGAUCUCAGGAACUAGUGUUUGAUGGCAGUUGCAAGAAAAGAGCUCUAUUUUUGUAAAGUGUUUGAACAUGGUGCUUGGCAGAAGAUAAGGGUUUGGGAAAAAUGUUGUAACGGAUCUAAAGAGUGAAGUACUUGAGUUUUUGAAGAAACUGUGGUCCAAUUUACCUCCAGACAACAGAAGCAAAAUGUUAAUGCUUGUAACAAAAAGCCCCACUUCUCAUUGUACUCUAAAUGAGAAAUUUAUUUUGUUCUUUGAUUCUAGACUUGGGCUCCAAAAAGAACAACUCACAAUACCAUCAUUGUCAAACAUAGACUAGAAUCCAUAAGUGUUUUUUAGCAUUUAAAUUGUGAAAUUCUGCAAUACGGUGACUGUGCAGAAAUUAGGUAAUCUAACAUGCCUGUUUUUUGUAUUUUAAUAAAUAUAGUGAGAGAAUGUUUUUAACUUUUUUCUGUUUAAUUCCUGUUUAAUUUUCUAUCCAAUAAUCUCAACCUGAAAGUUUCUGUUCUUUUUUUCUUCUAAAGAGAUUGAAAGAGGAUGCAUAAUUUCAUUUUCAUGAAAAAUGAAGUUUCUCUCAUGGACUUUCUUUAACUACACAUCACACUUGAAAAAUUGAACAAGUGACUUGUUACCACAACACUGGUGUCCAUAUUAAUUGGUAUUAGCAAGCCUGAGACUAGAAUUUUGGAACAAUAUCCAACAAGAGAAGUGUGGUUAUCUUUCUAUUCUCGAUGUUCAAUGCAUGUUUAUGCAUAUGCUAUAACUAAAUGUGUAAGUUAUUUAUUAUUUCAUUAAUCCUAGCAAUCUGUAGGGCCUAGGUGUAAGGUGACCUUUACUGCAUAGUCCACCAGGAGACUACUUCUGUAUAAUUUGAUUAAGGGUGGUGCAUGGUGCAUUUUGGGGGAUGAUUCCUGAGGUUGGAUCCACUUGUCAUUAAGUACAGAUUUAGUGAAAAUACACAUUCAUCAGCAAAGCUGUCUAUUGGUGUAAUAUCCACAUAAUCUGUAAAUAGAAACUGUGUCAGACAUGGCUGUUAGGUAUUCCUGUGUGAUUAAGUACCUUUGAAAGCUUUUGGAAAGAAUGGCCGUUUUUUAAAGGCGUACUUAAAGGAGAGUUUUCAAUACUUUCAAGUCUGCUGGUCCAGUAAUAAAUUGCUUAAGUGUUUCUAGCAAUGCAGAGUAUAUUUGCAUAGCCAUUUUCCUGUUCAAGUCCCUGUUCAAAAACUGUCUGCAUUGUAUUGAAAACUAUAUCUGUACCAGGUUGUAUGCAUUAUGUGUUUCUUGUAUGGUACAAAAACUAAUCAAAUGUACUUUCUCAACUGAUAUUAAUAUAAUUUAUUUAAUUCUGCUCUUAGUGGUAGUGUAUUCCAAUGUUGAAUAUAAAUUUAAUGUUUUCCAAUUAUGAAUUUCAUGGUUCUUCAAUAACGGUGUUCUUGUUGUAAUCAGUGUUGAGAAAUGUUUUCAAAUUGUAUCUUUAAAAUUAAAAUUUGGCCUUUUCUGUGUUUCUGCGUAGACUUGUAUAUAAAGUACUUUAAUAUUGAAACAGCAUGCACACAAUUUAUUAAAACAUCUAUUUAUUGUGUUAUCAAGCUUUCUGGACAUGCAAAACAUUUUGCAAAAAGUACAUUUUAGUUUGUUAAACACUUGCUCAUCUUGCUUUCAUUAUCAGAUCACAAUGACUUUGUAUCAUAAUUUUGCAUACAACGGAGGAAUUGAGUUUUAAUGUAAUACACAAGCAGCAUGUUAAUGGCCGUUAAGAACGAUGUCUUAAGCUGAUUAAAUAUCCAAGCUUGUAAUGAAUGGAUUGUUACAAGAAUUGUCUUCAAUUUUAAAUUAUUAUUUUCUAUGAUCUAUGAUAUUUUACUGCAUUUUAUGAAGCAAAACUCAACUUAAAACAAACAACUUUGUACAAAAAUUGUAUUUAAAAGAAUAUUGUAACUUUCUGUGAUGUAAGAAAACGGGGGAAAAGAGGCAGCAGGACAGUGUUCGGCUGCUGCAGUAGUGAGAGAGUAAGAGGUAACUCGGUGCUUUCAACAAACACACGUCCAUGUGAGCGUCUGCGCUAGUAGUGGGCACAGUUACUGGUGCAGGCCGACUGAUUGUCAAGAUAAUAGAGUAAACAAAUUAGGAGAUCAGAGGCAGUAAUUAGCCAUCUGUUGUAAUUCUGAUAGUUUUCAGAGAUUUACACAAUUAGGAAAUUCUUUAUUCUAGUUUUUCGACAGUGACCUUACAAUAAAGUUAACAACAGCAGUUUCGUAUAUAUCAUAAAAUUGUAUCGCGAAACAAAAUUUACGUCCAUCAAAAUUGUGAUGCCUUUAUAAUAUUGAGAAAAGAAAAUUAUUUACUUUUAAUCUUACAAAGUAGUAAAAAUUCAUCCCUUAUUAUCACUGUGCUGUUAAAUCAUAAAAAUAUUGUAAUUUUUUACAUCUCCACUCUACACACAUACACUCCGCACAGUAAUAUACUGUUACAACACAUCGUGCAGUGCCUCACAAGGAAGAAAAGGAGAGGAUGAAGGGGAAAGAGCGUGUGCUAGCUUCUUUUCCAACUUGUCAAUGGUUGGUUUGGUUCUCAAGUAUGUUCAUAAUUGUAAAUAUUAUGCUUGUUCUGUAAUGAUGUAAAGCAUUUGCUUCAACUGUAUAAAUCAGGAAGAAGACUCUUCUGAUUUUGGCUUUAUGUUAAAAUCACUUUGUAAUAUAAUUGCUCAGAAAAAUCUAAUUGUUGAAUUUUGUAGAAUAAAGCAAAAGUGAAAUUAAGCAGAUGCCUAUCUUGGUACUCUCACUAAGUGCUCAAGCCAAGAUGUAGAACAUCAUUCAACAGAAGUAAUAUGAAUUUGAAUCCAAACCAAACCAUUUUUGCAGAAAUAAGUGAUGGAAAAAAUACUUAAUGUGUUACUAUGUAAAAAUAUAUUGAAAAAAAAACUACCUGUACAAAUGUAGGAUUUAAAUGUUUGGUGAUAUUUUCAUACACAACUGUGCAUUGUAAAUAUAAUUGCAAAUUACGUGACCUGCCUGUUUCUGUAAAAUGUAGAAUGUAUUCUAUAAUUAUACAUGUUAUACUCAAAUAUGGAGUUUAAAUGGAGUCUUUUACAUUAUGUGAAAUAAAAGUUUUACCAUAUAAAACUA